UAUUUUAGAAGUUAAAAAAUGUGGAGCAUAGUUGCAUCGUGUUCAGACUUUGGGCAUGGCGGCAGCAUCAGCAGCAGUAAUCAGCUACUGCAAGCCUUCGCCUUUCAUCGGCAAAUUUCCUUCCAACUUUGCGAAGGCAGCAUCUUCGCAAAUCGAAAUCACGACGCAGUCAUAUAGAAUCACUUCACUGUUCUGGGGAUCAAAGAAGUCUGUGAAGCAUCAACCUUCGGAUUCUUCUUUGGGGGAUUUCACAUUGACAGAAUCAACAACAGAGGGAGUUCAAGAGAGCCAGGCAAGAGGCAAGAAGGUAUCGAUAUCGGUUAUUUCUUCGAUUCUGGAUGUCUCACCACACGAUUGGGAUUCGUGCUCUCUGGAUGCUACCGGUCCCGAAAAGUUUAACCCAUUUCUUAGUCAUGCUUUCCUUUCAUGCUUGGAAGAGACCGGAUGCGCUGUGAAGGAAACAGGAUGGAUGCCAAGCCAUGUUGUUGCUAAGGAUGAAUCUGAAAAUAUUUUAGGUGUUGUUCCUCUCUAUCUUAAAAGCCAUUCCUAUGGUGAAUUUGUUUUCGAUCAUUCUUGGGCUGAUGCAUACUAUAGUUUUGGAGCAAGAUAUUACCCAAAGUUCCAGUGUUGUGUGCCUUUCACUCCAGUGACUGGUCCUAGGAUUUUAAUACGGGAUACACCAUUCAAAGAUCAAGUUUUCGACAUUAUAGUGUCUUCGCUGAAGGGUCUGACAUCCAAGUCUCAAGUGUCUUCUCUGCACAUUACCUUUCUAUCUGAAGCUGAAUGGUACAAAUUGAAGGAUAAAGGAUUCCAACAGAGGAUGGGAAUGCAAUACCACUGGAAGAAUCGCAACUAUAAAAGUUUUGAUGAGUUCUUGAUGGACAUGAAGCAAAGUAAAAGGAAAAAUAUUCGUCAAGAGCGCAAGAAGAUUCCUGCUCAGAACUUAAGAAUGAAACGGCUGAGAGGUUAUGAAAUAAAGGCCAAUCACUGGGAUUCCUUCUACAAGUUCUACCGGAAUACUACUGAUAAUAAGUGGGGCAGUCCGUACCUAAAAAGAGAUUUCUUUCACGAGAUAGGAUCGAAGAUGGGCGACGAGGUGCUGCUUGUAGUUGCCGAAAAAGGGGACGAGCUUGUUGCUGGAGCUUUGAAUCUCAUCGGUGGAGAUACUAUAUAUGGACGCUUAUGGGGAUGUCACCCUGAAGCUUAUUACCCGAGCUUGCACUUUGAAGCAUGUUAUUAUCAGGCAAUUGAAGCGGCUAUCGAGUUGAAUCUAAGCACAGUCGAGGCCGGAGCUCAGGGUGAGCAUAAGAUUCAGCGAGGUUAUAUGCCAGUGCCGACUUAUAGCUGUCAUUACUUUAUCGAUGAAGGUUUCAAGAAGGCCUUGGAGGAAUUUCUGGUUCGAGAAUCAAAUCAGGUUGGGGUUGUGAUGGAACUAUUACAUGAUUCUGGUCCCUUUAAGGAUGGCAUACACCAAUGAUGAGUGCUGUAAUUUUCGUGAAAAUACAUUGAAGCCAUCGUACAUGAUAAACAUGGAAAGAAGUUGCAAUUUGUUUCAACUUCACUG